GCUUGCCCCACCCCUUCUCUCAUCACACCUUUCUCUCCUCACUUCUGCUCUCCGCUACAUAUUCCAGUCUUCCUUCUUUCAAAUCCCUUUUCAACGAAGAGGAGAUCCCAGCUUCAUUCCCGAUAAAGCUCUCGCCUUUGAGGAAUUCCCAGACUUGGAUUUUGGGUUUCAUCAGUUAAUUUACAAAGAUAUCUUGCUUUGAAUCCUUUCUGCCCAGAGUUUUCAUUUGCUUCCCAAUCGAGAGAAGUGAUGGGAGAGACAGGAAAUCACAACCACCAUGCACCGCCGACCGAGGCGGCGGCGGGUCAGCCGGCGGUGAUGAUGCCGCUCGGUGCUGCAAGAGGACCGGUGUACCCUCCUGCCGACCAGCUUCUCCAGCUGAACUACUGCAUACACUCCAACCCUUCCUGGCCUCAAACCCUUCUGCUGGCUUUCCAACAUUACGUGGUCAUGCUUGGAACCACAGUGAUGAUUGUGAACAUUCUGGUGCCUCGUAUGGGUGGGCGUGCGGGUGAUAAGGCCCAUGUUAUUCAAACUUUGCUAUUUACAUCCGGAGUGAAUACCCUCCUCCAAACCCUUCUAGGGACACGAUUACCGACAGUAAUGGGUCCUUCCUUUGCUUAUGUUAUAUCAGUACUGUCAGUCAUAAGUGACAUUUCUGAUGGUAACUUCCCCUCCGAUCAUGAGAGAUUUCUCCACUCAAUGAGAGCUGUUCAAGGUUCACUGAUUGUCUCUUCAUUUGUCAAUAUUGUUCUUGGAUAUGGCCGGGUGUGGGGGAAUCUUACAAGACUCUUCAGCCCCAUUGUUUUAGUGCCGCUGGUAUCUCUUUUAGGUCUUGGCUUGUUUGCAAGGGGCUUCCCACAGCUGGCUGAUUGUGUCGAGAUUGGGCUGCCUAUGCUAGUUCUGCUUGUUAUAUUCCAACAGUAUCUGCAACGGAUUCAUCCAGUAGCACGUCCCAUGCUGGAGAGAUUUGCUUUGCUGGUUUGCAUUGGUCUGGUCUGGGCAUUUGCGGCUAUUCUUACUGAAGCUGGUGCUUACAAACAUGUAAAGGAGAUCACGAAGCAGAGUUGCCGUACGGACCAUUCCUUCCUUAUUUCAUCUGCUCCAUGGGUCAAGAUUCCAUAUCCUUUUCAGUGGGGUCCUCCUAUAUUUAGAGCUAGCCAUGUUUUUGGAAUGAUGGGUGCUGCCCUUGUUACAUCUGCUGAGUCCAUUACGACAUUUUAUGCAGCGUCAAGGCUUGCAGGUGCCACAGCUCCUCCAGCAUUUGUUAUAAACAGAAGCAUUGGCCUUCAGGGUUUAGGACAUCUCCUUGAUGGGUUUUUUGGUGGUGUUGUUGGCACUACUGCAUCGGUUGAGAAUGUUGGCUUACUCGGACUAACUCGAGUUGGAAGCAGAAGAGUUGUGGAGAUAUCCGGUGUUUUCAUGAUCUUCUUUUCUAUAUUUGGGAAAUUUGGAGCUUUCUUUGCUUCUAUUCCAUUGCCCAUAUUUGCUGCUAUAUAUUGCAUUCUGUACGGCAUUGUUGCUGCAAUUGGGAUUUCGUUCAUUCAGUUUGCAAAUAGCAACUCAAUGCGAAACAUAUAUGUCUUCGGUGUGUCUCUAUUCCUGGGAAUAUCCAUACCGCAAUACUUUGUCAAGCGGACAUAUGUUGACGGACAUGGGCCUCUUAGGACUCAUGCGGGAUGGUUCAAUGACAUAUUGAAUACGAUCUUCUCUUCAUCGGCAAGUGUUGCAAUGAUAGUGGGGACAGUUCUGGACAACACGCUUGAAGCUCGACAUAGAUUGGAAGAGCGAGGCGUGCCAUGGUUAGCCCCAUUCCAGCAAAGGAAGGGAGAUAGCCGGAAUGAGGAGUUCUAUAGCUAUCCCCUUAGGAUAGAUGAAUAUAUUCCCUCUAGAUUCCGCUAGCAUACCUUCAUUGUAUAUUUUGUGUACUGAUACAACUUGAACUUGUUAGUGUUUAAAGGUGUAAUAUAUGGGAAUUGUACUAUAUGGCUAUAUUUUUUAUUGAUCUUACCUGUAAAGUUUUGUGCUCUUUU